CAAGCCAGUCCCCCCGCACCAGGGCUGGACACCAGAGCGGGGGGACCGAACGUCUGGCAGCUGGGGGCGCGCGAUACCACACCUGUCGUUUGAGAACUGCCGCGUGCCUGCUGCUUUACAGUAAUCUCCACACCCAAUCCGGGCUCGAACUUACAACCCUGAGAUAAAGAGUCAUGGGCUUACCAACGGAGCCAGCCAGGAGCCUCGUGGGCUCAAUAUCUUCUGAGGUGAUGGAGUUAGACAAGGCAGAAGAGCCCAGAGUGGCAACUUGGGGCUAGAGAGGCCAGGGAGAGGAUCAGCGCCUGCCUUUGGUUGGGUCAACACCCAGCUCCUUCAUCUGCAACUGAAGGCUUGGAGCUUCAAGCCCAGCUAGGAAUACUAGGUUUUAAGUGAUCCCAGGCCCUGGGAAGCUACACGUGUGCUACACAUUCUCUCUUAACUAGCUUCUUUCUUAACCUUAUCCUUAAUCUCUAUCUUAAAUCAGAUGUGGAGAAAAACAUCCUGCCUGAGCGCCUAAGUUUCAUGUUAGUUACCAAAGGGGUUUGGUAGAGAGAGUCUUUUAUUUUCUUUUAGUUUUUAAGAUAAAAAUCAGGUCUGGAGCCCCAGAGCCUAGGCAUCUCCCAGACAAUGUAACCUUUCUUCCUGAGGCUGGGUGUUUACAGCUGCUCAUUCCUGGAAGGCCGGUGUUAAUUCCUUUAAGCCAAAUUGCCAGGAAGACACCUCUCACUAAAGAGGUUGGGAUUUUUAUUGCUUGCAGCCAGAAAGAACACACCCCAAGGUCUCAAUGAGAGGAUCUAUUAUAGGAUUUGGACUUUGGUUGGUUGAUGUGGGUGGGGGCUGAUGGAAGUAAGCAGGGUUUGUUCUAUAGUGAAGCCUAUUAGCACUGGACAUUCUAUGCUUAUAGCAUUUCCUUAUGAAAGAAGAUGUUUGGGACGUUGUAAAUUUCACUGUGACCUUGCUGUUGUCUGGCCUGAACAAUAUUGUGAGGUAGCCUUGUUUUGUCUCGUUUUAUCAAGGUCUCAAAGCAGUCUUAUCUGAGGUUGGUAUUCUGUAUCUCAGAUCCUCUCUUUCCAGCAUGAGAACAACACAGUCAAGCCGGGAGUGCAGAGUUCAGGGCAUUGGGGGCUGGCCUUGUUCUUUCUCCCUGGACAUCCGUAACAUAGAGAACAAGAAAAGAGAGCGCUCUGGCCUCACAAGCUGUAGGUGCAAACCUGGUGGCAAAAGUGUGACAUUGACGAAGUCUCUUGAAUCGUUCUGUGGUUCCAUUUCUCAUUUCCAAAUGGGUCCAAAGGAAUUGUUCCUACGUGGGUUGUCCCAGGUGUUAAAUUGAUAGAGUAGGCAGCUCGACGGGAGCUGGAGGCAAGGGUGGUGGUAGAGAGUGGUUUUGUGGUUUCCCGCCUCCCGGGACUAGAAGAGCAGGGACACGGCAUGUGCUCCACUUUCUAGCUUGUGUCCUACAAUGCCCGAUGGCUUCAUCAUAAAAUAUUGACCCUGUGGUUUUGAUCCCCUGGGAGGGGAAGAUGACCAUGACAGUUCCAGCAACAACCUCGUAGAGCCAAAAACUGCCCCUCCUGACCGAUAGGACAAGUUCCUUAGAUGAUUGGAAACACCUUCAGUUGGAGACCGCACCAGCUAUGACCCAUAACCUCUGCAAACAGAAGAAGAAAAGACAGCCGUAACCCUGGUGCUGUUGCCCCUCUGGGCCUGUCUGCAUUCCCAUCUUGAGAAUGUGCUGUCCUUCAUCUACUGCCCUACUGUCCUUCCACGGGCUGGUAGCAUACUUUUGCUUUUAUUUUCAUUUUAUAUUUUAAGUAGGCGCACCGCCAACGUGGGGCUUGAGCUUCCAACCCCGAGAUCAAGAGUCGCAUGGUUUACCGACUGAGCCAGCCGGGUACCCCGUCACUGUCUUCAUUUGGGCACGGAUCCUCAUGUCAGUCGUUCACGGGGAAUCUAAGCACUGAGCUCUCCAUUCACACAGUGCAGAAUCUCCCACUGGUAACAUCUGGUGCCGUGAUUCAGAUUGCUUAAGGUAAGAUAGUCCUCGCCCUCCUGCUGCUAGAGGACUUCCGUCAGAGGAAUUUCUCACAUGCCUGCUCUCUCAUUCUCCUUGCAGGUUGGCUACCCCUGUGUGCUGCAUGAUCUCACAUUUUCUGAUCCAAUAGUCUCGUGGUUCAUGCUGAUUUCUCUACCUUACAGUAUACAUUUUUCUCUUAUUAUACAUGUGAUAAACAUGCUCCAAGAGAUACUGAAAUCAUCCACUGAAGCAUAUGUGACAUGUGGUCAAGCUGGUUUUGGAAUCUGGGCCUGCUUUUCUUAAAGCUGUGCUUUUAUCGCUUCAGCAAAGACCCUGGAUAGGGUUUGUUUGGAACUGUGGUUGGGACUAGAGAUCGGUAGAAGGCAGUUGUUCCUGAUAACUGUUAUUUAUCUGCUUGACAAAUAUUUACUGAACGUUUUCCCUGGCAGGCUCUUAAUGGAGGCGCUGCGGAGACGGGAUGAACAGGGCAGGCAGAGCGCCUGCUGUCAGGAAGAUGAUUUUCCAGCCCAGGAGAUCGGUGUCUUCUAGAUAACCACAUCAAUACAUUUUAAUUUCUGCUGUGAUGAAUUUUACUGAAUUGUUGAGUUCCUUGGGCCCAUUUUGUCAGGCAGGCUUGAAAAUCAACUGAGUAUAAACUACAGGACUGUAGAAGUGUGACAAGGAAGUGUCCCAGGAAAGGAGCCCGGCUGAGCCCACACUGGAAACAGAGGACCGAGGGAGCCGAUGGAAGACAGAAAAUCAGCAGGUGUGGAGCAUGAGAAUAACCCGGAGAAGGACAAAGGUAAUGGUGGAACAGUGGUUGCCCAAGGACCUGAGAAUACGGGCAAGUUGAGCUCAGAACAAUCUGGAGAAACUGAGGAAUGCGUACAAUAGCAUCCAACCCUGCAAGGAGCAGCCUAGGGUGAGAGCUGGGUGACCUGCCUUGGCCCAACAGCCCUGGAGCCUCAGCCAGAUUUCAGCUUUUUAGGACACAACUGACACCCGGGGUGCAUGGUGGCUCCAACCAGUCAACACUGCCAAGGUGUCCAGAGGAAACGGCUGGCAUCUGUAGCUACUACCCACUAUGUCUUGGCCAGCUGGAGAAACAGAGGCAACUUCACUAAAUCUCAUAGGGUCAUCCUCUCCAUAAUGACCCGUGAUGAUCUGUCUUCCUCUCUGUCCCCAUUCUACCUCUUCUGCCACAUGUCACCAUGGCAGCACCUCUUGACCCGGUGUCUGAUCCAGGGACAGAAAUGAGCCUCCUGGAACUCAACCAGGAGCUUCAAUCCAAGCUGGAAGCAAGCCAGCAGGACUUCCGAGACCUCAGAGAGAAAUUCCUUGUAUCCGAAGCUACUGCCUACUCCCUGGCCAACCAGCUGCAGAAAUAUAAGUGUGAAGAGUUGAAAGACAUCAUCGAAUCCGUGCUGGGGGAGACGCUGCAGUGUAAGCAGGGGAAGUUGGCAGAGACCUUGACCGAGAAGCUCAGGCAAUAUCAUAUCCUGAUUAAAGCUCAGGCUGCAGAGCUGACCCAGUUGUGGCAGAAGUUACGGGAAGGGAGAGAAGUUUCUGAGCCAGUCGAUCAGCACCUCAAGGACCUCCUCACCCACGACGACCCCGAGCGUUCCCAAGGCCAGGGCUUCCGGGAGCAAGUGGCCGAGGGACGCAGGCUGGCAGAGUGCCUUGCCCGCCAGCUCAGCCCCGAAGAUGAGGAGAAGGAGGAGGAGGAGGAGGAUGAACAAGCAGAAGAAUCCCUCACCACCAGCAUGGAGCUUCCGGAAGCUGAAAAGAAGGAAGUCCUCCAGGACACGCUGAAUGAAUGUGUUUUGACUCCUUCCAUUGGCCAAGAAGGGCGUGACUGCUACCAGCCUUACAGGGAUGGCACGUUCCCAUCGGAUAAACAGGAAUUCGGCUCUGCUCUGGAUGUAGCCUGUGAAUGCUCCCAUUCCAAAGGGGAUGAAACUCCACCCGGUUCCCCAGACAACCAAAUGGGUCACGAGGGGCUGAAAGGGCGAGAGUCAGAUGCCCCCAGGCUCAGUAGACUGCUGCUAGAGGUGGUGGAGGAGGAAAUCACAUGGGACUCUCUGGAUGAACGCUACUGGACAUAUUCGGUUCUUCCUGACCUGUCUGACUCCUACUGGCCUUACAGGAGCAACGCCAUCUUCUUCCCUGAGGAACUGGAAGUCUCUUCUGCUCUGGAAAUGGCCAAAAAUCACACCCAUCAAGAGGAGGAACAAGACCAAGACCUGACAUGCGCCAGGUUCGGCAGGUUGCUGCAGGAGAAUGCAGAGCAGGAUGUCCAACAGGACUCACUGGAUGAACGCUAUUUGACUUACUCAGCUCUGCCUGACCUAUCUGAUUCCCCCUGGACACACAGGAGGGCCAACAUCAACUCAUAUGAGGAUCUGGAUGUCUGUCCUGCUCUGGAAGCAGCUAACAAUCAUAAUGAUCUUUGCGAUGAAGAAGACCAGGACCCGACAUGCCCCAGCAACACCAGGCUCUGCAGGGAGCUGCCAGUGGCCCCAGAGGAUGAAGUCCCACAGGACUCAGUGGGGGAAUGCAAUUUGACUGCUUCCGUUGGCCAUGACCUGUCAGACACCUAUAGGCCUUAUAGGAGUGCCUCAUUCACCUUUGACAAACAGGAAGUCUUCUUGGGCGUGGAUGUAGAUGCCCCGAUGCAGGUGCCCGGUCCCCAAGGGCCAUCGAGUGGAAACUUGACUUUCCCAAGGACGGAGGUGCAAGCUUCACAAGCACCGCCACAGUCAGAUACCCAGGUGGCCAAUUCUGUGCCAGGGCAGCCGGACCAGCAGUUGGCUUGUGGUGACCGCAGAGCCAGGCUCCGCCCCUCCCCCGCCAUCAGGAGACUGGCAGCCACGAUGGUUUCUGGGAGCCAACGGCCGCUCUUCCAAGAGCAGGGUUUGGAAGCUUCCAUGGGUGUGAAGAUCCCUCCCAAGCUGGAGGGUGACGCUGCUGAGGGCUCGGUGGCCAACCAGUGUGCAGGUCAAGUCUUUGGCCACGUUAAUGCCCUGGGUGUGAUGAAACAGAAGAUGAUCAAGAGAAAAGUGCAGUUCGGCGAGGGCAGACUCGCGUGCAGAUUCCGUGGCAUUCAAGCUUAGGGCACAGAGAUACCAAGGACUUCAGGAACUAAGAAAAGAUACUCCUCAUUUAAACGAAACCCCAUCAUAAAACCCCACCAUUCUGCACUUGCUGAAAAGAACUCUAAAGCAGCAAAUCAAGCUAAAGCCCAAAUAGAACAUGCGAGGGAUCCUUUGCUGAGAAUCGACAUCUCGAUCACAAGCCACUCUCUGGGAUUUUUACUCCAAAAGUCUGGUUUCAUGAGAGGAAUUCUCGCUCUUCUGACUCCAGUCGUGAUAAGUCGCCGAGGCAACCAAUGCCCAGACCACACGCCCUUGUGAGACACCUUCAGUCUGGCCCCUCUCCAUUCCAUCCUGCGGAUAAGCAGAGGCUGGAGCAACAUGGCAAUAGACCCCAUGUCAAACUGGACAUUCUGGGCCACCAGCUGGGCUGUGCCAGGAGCAGACAGCAUUAAGUACGCAGCGUUCUUGCUGAAGAGGCUUAGCCUGAAUCUGAGCACGAGGUAGGGAUCAGAAAACUGCAGAAUUUUGACCAUGGAACAAGACAUCGGGCCUGUCUUUCUUCAAACAGCCAGUGUCCACAGCACAAAUAAGACGACAAAAAGGAGAAGAGAUAUCUUGGGUUCCAAAGGACUCAGAAGAUUGUGCUAUCGUAAUUUUGUAGUCCUUUCGAACCCCAAACAUCUCCUCACCUUUCUGUGGCUGUCUCUGGUGGUGGUGACACUUCCUUGUCUGUAGGGGACAGGCCAGAUGUCUGGCUUGAUGGUCUACAUCCUGAAGGUGUCUGAUCACUUCCUCCUGAUUAAAUUCAGUCUAACCUUUUCCCGGGUCGUUCCCUCGUGAAUGCAGUGUGUGUCCCAGCCCUGCCCACCCAGAGACCCAGAGCCUCCAGUCUGCCAUCACCAUCAUUGUGAGAGCAGCACUGGUUGCCUUCUAUGGGGGGCCUAGCAGAUCGUUCAUGGUCUUCUGUUUGGGUGUAACAUCUGAGACUGUGUGAAGAUGCUCUCUCUAAAGUCUGUCUCUACAAUGUUACCAUCUUUUAGUGAUC